AUGGCGGGCCAAAUCACACAGGGCGCUCUAGACGCCAUGUUCAAUGACCCCGAUCGCGCCCAACAACAAUUCCCCGUCCCGAUCCUUCAAUGUCUCCAGAUCAAGACCCUCGACUCCAAGAACGGAGGCGCGGGCGCCACUGAGAGGUUCCGCAUUGUACUGAGCGAUCUCAAGAACUAUGUCCAGUGUAUGAUGGCCACGCAAACAAACCAUCUCGUCCACGAUGGUCUAUUGCAACGCGGCUGUAUCGUGCGCUUGAAGCAGUAUCAGGCUCAAUGCCUCAAGGGCAAAAACAUCCUGAUUGUCCUCGAUCUCGAAGUAAUCCAGUCCCUCGGCUGUCCCGAAAAGAUGGGCGACCCGCAGCCUCUUGGCCCCCGGGGUGCAGAACCAACGCAUAACCCCAAUCUCGGCAGCACCGGCUUCUACGGCGUCAAGAACGAGCAGACCCAAGACACGAAACCGCAGUUUCCGCGCCAGGCGCCUUCGCGCAACACCAGCGGCGGUCAAGGAUCAAACACGAUAUACCCUAUCGAAGGUCUCUCGCCCUUCUCGCACAAAUGGACCAUCAAGGCUAGAGUCACCUCCAAGUCCGAUAUCAAGACCUGGCACAAGCCUAGCGGCGAGGGCAAACUCUUCAGCGUCAACUUCCUCGACGAGAGCGGCGAAAUUAGGGCAACUGGCUUCAACGAGCAAGUCGACCAGUUCUACGAUCUGCUACAGGAGGGUCAGGUUUAUUACAUAUCCACUCCUUGCAGGGUGCAACUUGCCAAGAAGCAGUUUUCGAACCUGCCCAACGACUACGAGCUUACCUUUGAGCGAGAUACUCAGAUCGAGAAGGCCGAAGACCAGACCUCAGUGCCACAGGUACGCUUCAACUUUGUCAACAUUCAGGAGCUCCAGGAUGUCGAGAAGGAUGCAACCAUCGAUGUGAUUGGCGUGCUUAAGGAGGUCCAAGAGGUGACCCAGAUUGUGUCCAAGACCACGCAGAAGCCUUACGACAAGCGCGAGCUGACCCUCGUUGACAACACUGGGUACUCUGUACGCUGCACCAUCUGGGGAAAGACGGCUACAAACUUUGAUGCCCAGCCCGAAUCCAUUGUGGCCAUGAAGGGCACAAAGGUCAGCGAUUUUGGUGGGCGCAGCUUGUCGCUGCUCUCGUCCGGCACCAUGGCCAUCGACCCGGAUAUCCCAGAGGCCCACCACCUCAAGGGCUGGUAUGAUAGCAGCGGCAGAAACAACACCUUCGCCACGCAUAACAACAUGGCCACCUUGGGUGGUGCGACAGGCCGCAAAGAUGACACCAAGACCAUCUCACAAGUGAAGGAAGAGAACCUCGGCACAGGCGAGAUGCCGGAUUAUUUCUCUCUCAAGGCAACGGUUGUGUACAUCAAGCAGGACAACUUUGCGUAUCCUGGCUGCCGCAGCGAAGGCUGUAACAGAAAGGUCACGGAUAUGGGCGAUGGUACUUGGCGCUGCGAGAAAUGCCAAGUUAACCAUGAUAGACCUCAGUACCGUUACAUUAUGAGUGUCAACGUCAACGAUCACACAGGCCAACUUUGGCUUAGCUGCUUCGAUGAUACGGCGCGGAUUAUCAUGGGCAAGUCGGCCGAUGAGCUUAUAGAGAUGCGCGAGAACGACGAGACGCGGUUGGCCGCAGAGUUUGAGCAGGCCAACUGCCGCAAGUUGAACUUUAGAUGCAGGGCGAAGAUGGACACAUUUGGCGAACAGCAGAGGGUUCGAUACCAGGUCAUGAGCGCGGCGCCGCUUGAUUACAAGAUGGAAGGAAACAAGCUUAACGAGCUCAUCAACGCUUAUAGCCAAAUGGGUAUGUAG